AUAACCCGAGUGAUACUCAGGCCGUCUGCCGACGCGUGCGCGGCCCUUUGCACAUGGAGGAACAGGAGAGGCUGCGAAAGGAACUUCGUGACAUACCAGCAGAGAUACGUCGGGUGUCGGCCCUAGCGGAUUCGGCAACGGACGCCAAGGACCGACGAUACUACAGGGAGAAGGCGCUCUUGCUACUGAAGACGGAGCAUCUUCUGCUCGAGAAGCUCGACUCGGCGGCUGGCCCGGGUGUGGGGAGGCCGACAGGAGCCGAGGCGGCGCCCGAAACCUUGCUGGGGUGGACCCACCGCUUCACAUCUGUUAGCGAUUUCCUCAGCAACUAUGAACCACACCGGCUGGAGCUGCUGCUGCCGUAUGCCUCAUCACAGAUGAUGGGCGUGAAGUGUGCAGGGCCGUCGGUGGUCGCGCUCUGGCACACAUUCAACGAGGACUGCGGGGCACUGCUGCGCGUGCUGCGUGACGGCGGCCCUGUCAACCUGGUGGUGCCGGCGACUUCUGCGGAUGUGGGCAGCGAGGACAGCCUGCGCGUAAAGCUCCUCACCCAACUCCUUGUGCCGCUGCAGCAGGCCUUGUCGCGUUCGGACGGGUUCUUUGAGGCCGACUGCGGAACGCACUGCGUGACGAAGGGCAUCUGGACAAACGCAUCAGCAGGACGCUCGGGUCUCGUGCUGGAGUCCCGUAUCAACAAGGAGCUGCUGGUGACAAUCGAAAUGAAGACAUCGGCCGUGAUCUGUGUGCCACAAAGCAGCAACCUGCCAGCUAUGUACGCGGCCGCUGACAGCGACAGUAACAUCGUCAAGUGCGUAGCGCAGCUUUACAGCUACCUUGACGUUGUGCCGUUCGGCGUGUUGGUGACGGACCAACAGCUCUUCUGCAUGCGGCGGGAGGACACCGUCUUGCUCUGCAGCCCCAGCAUCCCCCUGGCAGGGUAUGUGCAACGCCCGGCCGAACGAGGGCCGGGGCACCCCAGUGCAGACGAGCUGCAGGCGUCCACGGACGCUGCAGUGGCAGCACGGCAGCAGUUCGAGGCAGUGGGCGGGCGCAGUGCGGGCUCAGCAGUGACCGCAGUGGCGGCGCUGUACUGCAUGGCGAAGAUGUCGCAGCAGUGGUGGGCGCGGCCGCCUCCGCAGCAGCCCGCUGGCGGAGCGGGGCAGAACAACAUCGGUGACAGUGGCGCUGACACCCGCCCGCAGAGGUCAGGCCCCCAGGCCACACUGGCCUCCGUCAGCUCCGGCGCCGUCACGGGAGCGCAGCAUCCAGCAGCAGCUGCAGAACCCAAGCCCGUUCUACGUCUGCCUACUGAUGCGGAAAGCGAGUGCACAUCCAGCCAGCUGUUCCCGGGCCGCAGCUUCGACCCCCGCGUUCCCAACGGAAUGCCCCCGUCCUUGGGGAACGCAUGCCUGGGCGUCGUGAUUGAGGGGGCUGUGGGCGGCCGGGCAGCGGCCGUGAAGCUAGUGGACCUGUGGCGGGGGCCGGAGGGCAAGGAGGCAUUGCAGCGCGAGGUGCGGAUCUACCAGCAGCUGCAGCCGCUGCAGGGCGUCCACGUGCCGCACCUGCUGGGCUACGGCGUCUGCGACGAGUGGCAGUACUUCCUGGCCACGAGCCUGGAAGGUCCAACGCUGGCCAGCGAGGAGGGCUGGGCGCUGAGCGAGGAAGCGACCUGCGCGGCUGCCUUUGCUGCCCUGGACGCGGUGCACCGAUGCGGCGUCCUGCACGGCGACAUCGCUCUGCGGAACUUCGUCCUGGCCGCGCAGCCGGCGGGAGUGGGCGGCAGUGCCGCUGGCGGGGGCGGGGGUGGGGGCGGCAGAAGCCAGACCAGCGCUACUGGGCAUCAGCCACAGCUGCAGCCGCGCGUGAUGCUCCUGGACUUUGGGCACUCCCAGCUAUUGGCUGAGGCGGCCGAGGAGUGGGGCGAGGAGCCCGCCUCGCUCAUCCAGCGAGAGCGGAGGGCGCUGCAGGACCUGCUGGACUGGGAGCCUUCUUGCCUCCUGCCUGUCCCGCUCCCCUCUGUGGGUACGGAUGUGGGUUCGGGCACAGGGGCCGCAGCAGCCUCGGCGGGCGCUGGUGAUGAUGACACGGGCGGCCAGGCACAGCACCCGCAGCCGGGCAUGCCGAAGACGGACACGGACACAGCGAUGUCAGGGAGCUCGGCAGCCGCCGGCAGGCCCGGCCCUCUUGCCGCGCAACGUAGCGCGGGACCUCUCUCGGCCGUCCCGCCGCCACCGCAGUGGCCACCCAGCAGGCCCAGCACCUGGCGCCAGCAUCUGCGCUUUUCCAGGCAGCAGGUGUUGCAGGUGCCACGUCCUCUCGCAUGGACUGCGCUGAACGGCAGCCGCAGCGGUUCACGUCUGUCAUUGCGGAGCAUAAUGUGAAAUCUCGAGUGAAGGAACGGAGUAUGCGUGCAAAACGCUGGUCCGUCGCAGAUCGGAUUGAGUUCAACGGCUGUCAGGAGUGGACUUGAAAGCGGCAUAGUGGUGACGCCCAAAGGGUGGCAAAGCGAUGCCCUGUCGCGUUCAGUGACCACUGCCCUAUCGAGCAAGAAAUGCAAGGGGUUACUCCAUGCGCGGCGAGGCAAAUGCAUCGUACGCGCAUGCCUGGAUACGCGCUGUGGGGUGCUGUGCUUCAUCUUCAGAAGAGCAGAGAACCUUCAAUAAUAAUGCGCCGAACCUUACGAAACACAGAUGGGCAUGACAGGCUAAGGAUGUGUUUCGCAUCCAUUUUGUAUUUCUAAUAAAUGUGGGCCCCUGGGUUACGGCAUGCAGCUGCCGACCGGACAGGCCUGUGAUGCCUUCCCUGCAAUUUGACUGGGGUGCACGGGGCGCUGCACUGGUGUGCUGGGCCCCCGAGCAGUGCGUUUGAUCCGGGGGCGCAGCCCAAAAGACAACUGGAGAGGGUUCGUGGUGCCUGAUGGUAAUAAUGGAGGGUGUGGGCUGCAUGAGGCUGGGGCUGCAAAACACUGUAGUACCGAUUGGGUGUGAGUGCAUAUGUAUGUACAGUGACCGUGUGGGCACUACUGGACACUGCUGCAAUGAACAUUGCGCUGGGGGCCGCUGUGUUUGAGCUUCAGGUCAGAGCGACCCUUCACGAAAUGAUAGGCUGAACCUUGAAUCUUCAUAAGGGUUUCGUUUUAUAUUCAUCGGAUUCGCGAGGUUGCCUCUGCGCGGCGUCCGUGGCGUAUAAGGUGCGUGCUAGUAUGAUGGCCGCAGGCUGUCGCUGCCGCAGCAGCAAAUGCAGGAGAUGCUGUUCGGGGCGCAGCCGCAGCAGCGGUUCGACGUGGCGGUGAUGGCGGCCGCAGCGGGUCUGGCUGGCCCUAGCGGCUUAGGGUCAGGGGCGCGUGAAGCUGGCGGUGUCACGCAUCGACGCGGGGAUGGGUCUGGGCAGCGAGGGGGAGCACCAGGGUGAGGACAGGUGAGGAGGGCGUGCUGCUAGGCGGCUCUCAGGCGCCGCUGCCGUGCUGGUGCUGGUGCAGGCGCGGUGCCCAUGGACAUGUCGCAGUGAUGCGCUGCUGUUGCUGUAACAGAUUGUGCAU